AUGUAUCGAUCUGCAAGCACGUUCCGUUCCUCAUCUGAAGAGCACCUCCUCAACUUGUUGCCUGCUCUGGCAGCAAAUGGUUCUUCGCCUUUGAAAACAUUGGCGGGGUCUCCGUCGGAGUUGCCGGUGGCCUAUUCCCCUGUUUCUGAGGGGAGCAGGAAGGAACUUGGGGCUCUGCAACAGCACAAACCGCUGGGUGGGGAAAAUGGUGUUCAUCUGAUCCCUGUCGUUCUAUUCCUAUGUGGGUUGGCUCUCUGGCUUUUCUGUCCCCGUUGA